AUUUAUGUUUUAUUUAUGGAAACAUCGCAAUUGUGGUUGUGCCGUCAUGAAGAAAACACAAAAUACUGGUCGGUGACCUGCUUGUAUUAUAGCAAAAUUUCCUUUAUUUGUAUGGAAUUAUCUGACCUGUAUACAGUUGAACGUUGUAUACAGUUUUUUUCUUUUUGAGGGGGUGGAUACGUCUACAAAAUGUGUGAUCAGGUUUACUCCUGCAAGGGUUUCAUGCUGAUUUUAGAACAAUAUAGGCUUACAAAAUCAACUAUUUGAUUAUCUUUGUGGCAAGGUAAGCUGUUCUAACUCAGGGAACACAAACAUUUCACCCGUUAUUUAUUUUGCUAAGCCUUUUUACUUGGCCUUGUGUUUCUUUUAUACAGUACUUCGUCUUAAUGCCUCUACAUGUCUAAUGUAGAUUAUGGCACAGUUGCCUUGUUGAUGAAAGUGUAAACUUGACGUCCAGGAAGCACUUCGGCCCUCAGAGAGCCCAGACACGGGCCUCUCUUACCACAGAGCACCAGAUCAAUCUACGUGACCGACAAAUGGACAAAACAACCAUCUGUGCCACCGGAAGGCCACCGGAGAUGCAUCAGCAUCGCACACAAUCCUAUGCGCUUUGAAGCGAACCAGAUGGCAUCCAAGUUGGACUACACAUCAGUGUACAAAAAUGAUUUCCAAGCAUGGAAAGUGAAGAGGCGCCUGCCAUAUAAGCUAACCGACAGCUUGACGGUCAACCAAGGAUUAGUUGUCACAGGCCAUCCCUCCAAAAGUCGCUUCCAGAAAAAUUCUGUUCAAGUUGCAGCCAACUCUAAACCAGUCCCACAACCUUUUGAAAGUGUCACCAGCUACAGAUCUGACUACGUCACCCAUCCGGUGCAGCCCACGCGCCGGGAGAAGCCUGUGUACCACGCCAAAGGUCUGCUAUCUCAGCCUGCUGUGUCUUUGAAGCCAAAGGUGGCUUGGGCGGUAAACCAGGACAUUUUUGACAAAGCCAGUGCAUUGUUUCAGGAGUUCAAGACCUGGUCCCUUGAAAACAAGUUCCACGGCAAAGGCAAAGCCAAAGAGUCAAGUUCACCGUCAGACCACUGCAACUUCCUCUCCACAACGCAUGCAGACUGCACGGAACACAAGUGCCAGCGUGCCAAACCAGUCCUGCCAUCGAAGCAAACCGGAGAGACGAGCAAGGAGCGCUUUUGGGGAACGACAACCAUGAAGGAGGAUUACAAAUCUUGGGACAUGCCGCAGCGCUUCCCCUCCGUCCGUAAAGAGCAGCUGGCCUGGCCCGAGAAAACUACCUUUUCACUGUGCACGCCUAAGCCUGCUGAGGGCCGCAAAACAACUCGAAAGCCAUUUCGCCAUCACCCCAAAUCGAAUAAGAAAGCAUCCAGCUGCAAUGCCACCAAGAGAACUCACCGUCCUGCUGAGGAUGGAGCACUUUCCAACUUGGAACGCAGCUCCCCUGGGACUCAAGAGUCCAGGAUGUACUGGACCAGCUCUUUGGACAGAGGACUGACUUUGGCCGAUGGUCGAAUUUGUGAGGAGCCCCCUCAGGCCCACCAAAUAAUCAGCCGCAUGGUUUCUAGCAGAAGCUAAGCUUCCCCAGAGACCAGGCUGAUGACAACAAUAAAAGCCAUAAAUGCAACUGAGAUUACGUAACGGCAGCUAUUUUUAUACCACUAAGCAGCUCACUGAUACUCCUCAGCACAACUCAUUUUGAGUGUUAUGUAAUCUACUUAAUUGAAGGCAUUUCAUAUUCCGUUUGGGAAACAAGUUUGCACAAGUUAGACAGCUAAAUGUGGUCUAUCACAGCAAUGACUGAAUGGUGUUUAAAUAAAACAGUGACCAGUUUAACUUUCCAUCUCGGAUGAACACUCAGUCCAAACUACAGUAACUUAUGGUAAUAGUUGAGAGUUCCUUUUACACACAAACUACAUAGACAACAGUGUUAUAAAUACCAAAACAAUAAAUGCUGUAAUAAUCAAAGAAUGGCAUUUUAUUCAAAAACAAAAAGGCAAAUAUCCUCAAAAGGAAAUGCCGUGACUUGGACACGUCUUUACCGGGAGAACUCUCCAAUCAUAUUCAUAUCAUACACAGAAUCUUUCUGUUAGCAAUUAAAAAUAACAAAAUGUUGCCAAACUGUCUAUAUGCGUAGCAGCUCCAGUGCAAACAAACAAAUGAGGGGACAUUUGAACUUGUUACACAUUCAGUUCUCUUCCAGUUAGCUACGCAUUAACAUCAACUGUCCCCUUUCCAAUCACAUCAUGUAAAGUCCACACAGUUAAACAUGUACGGCUGUCAGCAGCUGUCAGUCUUCUUGGAAACGGAUGUGCUUAUGGGCCUCUCUGGCCCGGGCGAGGAUGAUUUUUUCGGCUUUGGAUAUGAGCUGAAGUAUGAAAAGAAAAUAAGAAAUUAGAUGCGACAGCAAAUAAAAAGAGAGGCAGCACUGCUUUAACGGUGGAAUAUGAGUGUAUACGACAACAUUAUUCCAGAUAUUAAUACAUAUCCAUAAAUGGAUUCAGGAUAAAUAAUAAAUAAGCUAAAAUAUGCAUCAUAACCCUGUCCAUUUUGAAUAUUACCACAUGAAACCUUGUCAAUCUUGAUCUCACCUUCUCUGUGCCUCUCUUCUUUUCCCUCGGGCGAUUGAGCUUGACUUGGCGGUCCACUAGGAUCUUCUGCCAGUACCGUUGUUCAUGGUCCCCUUUAAAAGUCAUUGAAUGGAGAUUUAUUAAAGCUAAUAUCAUUACCCGCGGCUCAAAAAUGCAAUCAACAAUUGAUAAGAAACCUUUGAAAACACAGAACUGAAGACGAGCUGAUGGGCGCCAUCCCGAUAAAUUAUUUUCACCAUAAUCAAUUAUUUAAAAAAAAACACAGCUCAGUCAUCCGAGUCCUCUUCUCAACCGGAGAGGAUUAGCGAUGCAUGUACCGUGUGGGUGCUU